AUUCCUUACGUGAUCUUGACAAUACCAAAUAUUGCAGUUAGUAAAACCAAAAAAAUGGAUAUCGAUUUGAGGGGAUUUGGUAUGGAUCCGGCGACAAUCGCGGCUAUCGCAACCAUGUUUGACGUCGCCGACGAAGUUGACUCCGAUAAACCCCAUCCGCCGUCGCGAGCAUACGUUCGGGACGCUAAGGCAAUGAGAAACACGCCGGCAGAUAUCAUAGAGUACCCGAACUCGUACCAGUUCAUCGUGGACAUGCCUGGGCUGAAGCGGGAGCAGAUCAAGGUGCAUGUGGAGGACAGCAACGUGCUGGUGGUGAGUGGGGAGCGGCGGAGGGAAAAGGAAGAAGGGGUGAAGUAUGUGAGGAUGGAGAGGAGGGUAGGGAAGCUGCUGAAAAAGUUCAUUUUGCCGGAAAAUGCAAACAUGGAUGCUAUAUCUGCUGUGAAUCACGACGGUGUGUUGAAGGUUAUGGUAGAGAAGCUGCCACCGCCGGAGCCGAAGAAACCCAAGACCAUCGAGGUGAAGGUGGGGUCGCCCUCGGAGGAAGCUGCACCGGCGAGUGAUGGAACGGGUACAAGUGGACAGCUGUACAAAUGAAUAAAUGUAGAAUGUGUAUUUAGGGUUGCGUAAUCAUGUAUGCGUAUAUGUAUAUGCAGUUUGAAUGUUCUGUAGCCAUAACGACGUCGUUUGUUUGUUGCUAUACACCCGUCCUUGUCGUUUCUUUA